AAAGACACUGAGUAUUGGAGGUGGAGAGUGGGAGCAAGAACUAAGCUCGACCAACGAGAGUGAAGUGGAGAGCUUGAGGAGUGGAAGGGGUUGGAGGUGAGAUGGAAGAGGUGGCGAUUCCUUCCAAUGUGUUAGAGGUAGAUCACGAUAGGGCCAAGUUCUACAAUGAGGAGGAAGAGGUGGUGUCCGAGGUGGUAGGGUAUAAUACUGGGCUUAGGUUUCCGGUGCCCGAGUUGUUAGUGGCGUUGUUGGUGGAGUACGAGCUAGGGAUGACGCAACUUGUCCCAAAUGCAGUUUUGCUAAUCCUAAGUUCAGGGGAACAAGAUAAAGUGGAGAGGUUGGAGAGAAGGGGUGGGGACUUGAUGGGUAUCAUGUAUUUCACUAGUCCGGCGAUGUUAAAGGCGGUAGAGGUCUAUGGGUCGAGCUCCAUGAAUGGAGAAGAAAUGAAUCGGCUUAUGUCUAGAGGGAAAACCGUGACCCUGCCUGAGAAGAGGUCAAAGGCUCUAGCUGCCCACUCUGUGGGGGAAAGGGUAUUGGGUGGGACUUCAAGGUCUUGCCCAGGCGGAAGUAGUCGAGCUGAAGUAGGGCCCAGCUUGGAGCAAGGAAGAAAGAGGGCUGAGGAGGUUACAGCUCAAAAGAGGAUGAGGGUUAAGGAGGUAGCCUGGCAUGAGGUCGAUGAGCAUGGGGGUUCAAGUGUUGUGCGUCAUGCGCUCGAGCUCGAGAAAGUUAGGGAGAAGUUGGCUUCUGCCAAGGCGGCCACCGAGGCAGAGGUGGAGAAGAGGAGAAGAGCCGAGGAAGAGCUGGCUAAGGCGCGAGGGGAGUUGGUCGAGGUUCAGAAGAAAACUAAGUUGGAGGUGCACAACUCGAUUGAGCAGCCUACGUUUUCAGAGAUCGUGGACCUCUUCCGCAUGCUUACACUUGUGAUGGCAUUCAAUGAUUGUUGGAAAAAGGUAAAGGCUCAGAAUCUUGAGGUCGAUGUGACAAAAAUCACUUUCGGACCUCAGGAGGCUGGGGUGGAGAAGGAUGGGGAGAGUAGAACAGCCAAGUUCCGCCUGAACAUAACUCUUAGCUGGGAGCGAGACGAGGCUGGAUGAACUGUGCUUCCCCUACAUCUGAAGUACAAGUUCGUCGCCAUAGACGAAGAUGAGGUCGAGGUUCCUGUAACUGCCAAGGUCGAAGAGAAUGCGACUAAGCAAAAGGUGGAUCAACAGCAUCUGAUGAUCAACUGCCUUUGGCCAAUUUUGUAAAUUUUAAUGUAACCACAUGAUACUGUAUUUUUUCAACAGAAUGAAUAAAAAUUUUAACUUCAC